CGAGAGCUCAAUAUUGAUCCACAAUUCAAGCAAUCAAGUCUGAUGGCAUGUUGCCUAAAGUAAAACCAUAAUUUGUGCAUCAGUGUUUAGGUUGCAAUUAACGUUACUAAAUUCCUGCUAAAGAUCAGAUUGUUGUGUUGAGCAUUGUAACAGACAAUCAUGGGAAGAAUUACGUUGAAACAUUCUGAAAAAUUGUUAUGAAAAAUGUGUUCUAAUAAUAGCAUCGAGUGUUUCAAUGCCUUACAGUGGACCGCUGCGAACCACAAAUGCACAAAAAUAAACCAUAUUUACAGAGGGUGGAAAAACCUAAGGGAAGAAAAAUAUUUUCGUUACAUCACUAAGGGUGUGGUAGCUGGGUGGCGAUUGGAUCGAGUGGCUGCCAUAUUGGAAAACAGUGAAAAUGCUGGGUAGAAAGCAAAGCAUCAAGGGUGAAUCGAUACUGGCGGAUUAUGGCCCCGAAGAAUCGCUUAACGAAAGUGCUGAUAUUGAAUGGGUUAACAAGCUCUGGGUUCGUCGAUUGAUGCGCUUAUGUGCGCUGAUCUCCCUUACGUCGGUAUCACUCAACACGCCCAAAACGUAUGAACGUUAUCCCGUCCUGCAAUAUUGUACAUUAUGCAGCGAUAUCGUGGUGACGUUGCUCUUCACAGCGGAGAUGAUAGCGAAGAUGCACAUACGAGGAUUGCUAAGGGGCGAGGCUCCAUACCUGAAGGAUCAUUGGUGCCAAUUCGAUGCCUCGAUGGUAUUCUUUCUCUGGGUGUCCGUGGUCUUGCACGUUUUUGAAAUGCUGGGAAUAGUGCCAAAGUUCCAUUACCUUAGUAUACUACGAGCGCCCCGCCCACUGAUAAUGAUUCGCUUCCUGAGGGUCUUCCUCAAAUUUUCCAUGCCAAAAAGUCGAAUUAAUCAGAUAUUCAAACGGUCCAGUCAGCAAAUAUACAAUGUAACACUGUUCUUCUUGUUUUUCAUGUCAUUGUACGGUUUGCUGGGAGUACAAUUCUUUGGUGAACUUAAAAACCAUUGUGUACUCAACACGACGGAACCCGACACUCUUACAAUCAAUUCACUAGCAAUCCCGGAUACUUUCUGUUCAACGGACCCCGAUUCCGGAUAUCAAUGUCCCACUGGUAUGAAGUGUAUGAAAAUGGACUUUCUAUCAAACUAUAUUCAAGGUUUCAAUGGAUUCGAAGAUAUUGCUACCAGCAUUUUUACCGUAUAUCAAGCAGCAUCCCAGGAAGGUUGGGUCUUUAUUAUGUACCGCGCGAUCGACAGUCUCCCUGCUUGGCGUGCCGCUUUUUAUUUCAGUACAAUGAUAUUCUUUCUUGCGUGGCUUGUUAAAAACGUGUUUAUCGCCGUCAUUACCGAAACCUUCAAUGAAAUAAGAGUCCAGUUCCAGCAGAUGUGGGGUGUCCGUGGACACAUACAAAAUAGUACAGCUUCACAGAUUAUUAUCGGUGACGAUACGGGCUGGAAGCUCAUAACUAUCGAUGAAAAUAAACACAGCGGAUUGGCUAAUGAAACAUGUCAUAGAAUUCUGAAGUCGCCAUAUUUCCGAAUGCUUGUUAUGACCACAAUUUUGGCGAACGGAAUCGUAACUGCCACAAUGCAUUUCAGACACGAUGGUAGACCUAGACAUGUGUUUUAUGAAAAGUACUAUUACAUAGAAGUUGGAUAUACGAUUGUGUUAGAUCUGGAGACACUUUUCAAAAUUUACUGCAUUGGUUGGAGAGGUUACUUCAAACACUCUGUACAUAAGUUCGAACUCCUUCUAGCGAUCGGCACGAGUCUCCACAUCAUCCCAAGAUUGUAUCUGUCUGGGUUUACAUACUUCCAGGUGCUUCGAGUUGUGCGAUUGAUCAAGGCUUCACCCAUGCUGGAAGGAUUUGUGUACAAAAUCUUCGGUCCUGGCAAAAAACUUGGAUCACUAAUAAUUUUCACCAUGUGUUUACUGAUCAUAAGUUCGAGCAUUUCAAUGCAGCUAUUCUGCUUUCUCUGUGACUAUACGAAAUUCGAAAGCUUCCCGGAUGCGUUCAUGUCUAUGUUCCAGAUUCUCACGCAAGAAGCAUGGGUUGAAGUUAUGGACGAAACGAUGAUACGGACGAGCAAAACAUUGACUCCCCUAGUGGCAGUCUAUUUCAUAUUGUAUCAUUUGUUCGUAACCUUGAUUGUGUUGAGUUUAUUCGUUGCGGUCAUUCUGGACAAUUUGGAACUAGAUGAGGAUAUAAAAAAGCUGAAACAGCUUAAAUUUCGGGAACAAAGUGCAGAGAUCAAAGAGACCCUCCCAUUUCGGCUAAGAAUUUUUGAAAAGUUUCCCGAUUCUCCACAAAUGACAAUAUUACACAAAAUUCCGAAUGAUUUCACCUUGCCAAAAGUACGCGAAUCUUUUAUGAAGCAGUUCGUCAUUGAAAUGGAACCGGAGGACCCGUCGUAUAGUGAAGGUUAUAAACGUCCCAUGUCGGAAUGCUGGGAAUCGAAAGUCGUGUAUCGGAAGCAAAAACCCGUAAACGUGAUGAACAAGACCGCCAAGGUGCGUGUAGUAGGUAGCAGUUUGCGUAAAAUGGCCAUAACACACAUCAUAAAUGAUUCGAACAAUCAACGACUGAUGUUGGGAGACUCCGCAAUGAUUCCUGUUGCGGGAGUUAAGUCGGGUCUCAAGCCACAGGGCACAAUCACUCACCCCAAACCAUGGAGAGUGGAUCAGAAAAAGUUCGGUUCAAGAUCAAUUCGUCGUAGCGUCCGGAGUGGCUCGAUUAAGCUGAAACAAACUUAUGAGCAUCUAAUGGAAAAUGGAGAUAUAGGAGCAGCCAGUCGAAUGACGUCUUCGAGAGCCAGACCCCAUGAUCUGGAUAUUAAAAUUUUGCAGGCCAAACGACAACAAGCUGAAAUGAGAAGAAAUCAGCGCGAGGAAGAUCUCCGAGAGAACCAUCCAUUUUUUGAUACUCCAUUGUUUGCCGUUCCGCGAGAAAGCAAGUUCCGCAAAAUAUGCCAACGCAUUGUUCACGGUAGAUAUGACGCAAGAUUGAAGGAUCCCUUGACGGGAAAGGAGCGAAAAGUGCAAUACAAAAGCAUGCACAACUUCCUCGGCCUCGUGACUUACCUGGACUGGGUGAUGAUCUUCGUGACGACACUGUCCUGCAUCUCAAUGAUGUUCGAGACUCCACAAUACCGCGUAAUGGAGCACGUCACACUACAAAUAGCCGAAUAUACUUUUGUAAUUUUUAUGAGCUUGGAGUUGGCCCUUAAAAUUCUCGCAGAUGGAUUAUUUUUCACUCCCAAAGCCUACAUCAAAGAUGUGGCUUCCGUGUUAGAUGUUUUCAUCUACGUUGUAUCGUUAACGUUCCUAAUCUGGAUGCCACGUCAGGUUCCCAGCAACUCAACGGCACAGCUUCUGAUGAUAUUACGAUGUUUAAGGCCAUUACGAAUCUUCACACUAGUGCCACACAUGCGAAAAGUUGUUUAUGAACUUUGUAGAGGAUUCAAGGAAAUAUUGUUGGUAUCGACUUUACUGAUUCUCCUUAUGUUCGUUUUUGCAAGUUAUGGAGUUCAACUGUACGGUGGCCGUUUGGCUCGUUGUAACGAUCCAACUAUUCUUAAACGAGAAGACUGUGUUGGCGUAUUCAUGAGACGUGUGUUUGUUACAAAAAUGAAGUUAACUCCCGGUCUGAAUGAAUCCUACCCGUCGAUGUUGGUUCCACGAGUGUGGGCCAACCCGAGGAGAUUCAAUUUCGAUAAUAUUGGUGAUGCAAUGCUUACACUAUUCGAAGUCCUCUCCUACAAGGGUUGGAUUGAUGUGAGGGAUGUACUCAUCAAAGCUCUAGGACCUGUACAUGCUAUAUACAUUCACGUUUAUAUCUUCCUCGGAUGUAUGAUUGGAUUGACCCUAUUCGUUGGUGUAGUAAUUGCCAACUACUCCGAAAACAAGGGAACGGCUUUACUAACCGUAGAUCAGCGACGCUGGUGCGAUUUGAAGAAGAGACUGAAGAUUGCACAACCUCUACAUUUGCCACCAAGACCCGAUGGACGGAUGUUUCGAGCAUUUGUUUAUGAUAUAACCCAGCAUAUCGCAUUCAAGAGAUGGAUUGCGUUGGUCGUGCUGGUCAACAGCAUGCUAUUAUCGAUCACGUGGACAAAAGGAGAAACCCACACGGAGCGACUUGUUAUCGUAAGCACUCUACUUACGUUUGUUUUUGUUAUCGAAGUUGUUAUGAAGGUAAUUGCCUUCACUCCCAGGGGAUAUUGGCAAUCAAGGCGGAAUAGAUAUGACCUCCUAGUCACAGUUGCCGGAGUUGUGUGGAUAUUUCUUCAAACAACACUGAGAAGUCAUUUAUCAUAUUUCAUUGGUUUUAUGGUUGUCAUAUUGAGAUUUUUCACAAUAACUGGCAAGCAUACGACCUUGAAAAUGUUGAUGCUUACAGUCGGUGUUUCAGUGUGUAAAUCGUUUUUCAUCAUAUUCGGUAUGUUCCUGUUAGUUUUCUUCUAUGCAUUGGCUGGAACAAUAUUGUUCGGUACGAUGAAAUAUGGCGAAGGAAUCGGCCGCCGAGCAAACUUUGGCUCGCCGGUCACCGGAGUGGCCAUGCUGUUUCGUAUAGUUACCGGUGAAGAUUGGAAUAAAAUUAUGCACGACUGCAUGAUCCAGCCUCCCUAUUGUACCCAGGCAGCGAACUAUUGGGAAACGGAUUGUGGGAAUUUCACGGCCAGUUUAAUCUAUUUCUGUACAUUUUACGUUAUAAUCACAUAUAUUGUACUGAAUCUGCUAGUCGCUAUUAUCAUGGAGAAUUUCUCGUUGUUUUAUUCGAAUGAAGAGGACGCACUUCUGUCCUACGCAGAUAUUCGCAAUUUUCAAAAUACCUGGAACAUUGUGGACAUACACCAACGAGGAGUAAUACCAGUCCGGAGGGUAAAAUUUAUUCUAAGACUAUUGAAGGGGAGACUCGAGUGUGAUCCACAGAAAGAUAGAUUACUCUUCAAAUAUAUGUGUUAUGAAUUAGAUAAGCUCCACAACGGUGAGGACGUAACGUUCCACGACGUAAUAAACAUGCUAUCUUACCGCUCAGUAGAUAUUCGAAAAGCACUUCAGUUGGAAGAACUACUAGCGCGCGAAGAAUUUGAGUAUAUUAUAGAAGAAGAGGUGGCCAAACAAACUAUUCGCACGUGGCUUGAAGGAUGUCUGAAAAAGAUACGAGCUAACAAUAUUACGAAACAGCAAAAUUCACUCAUCGCUGGAUUGCGUGCCACCAAUGACAGCAUCCAAAAGAUGCAGUUGCAGCAGCAACAACAACAGCAACAGCAACAACAACAACAACUGCAACAGCAACAACUACAACAACAGACGAAUCAGCCCCAAGAUCAAGUAGAGGAACAAACCACCAAUAAGGAAGCCAAUGUAGAGACUGUAGAAAAUGUCGAGCACAAUGUAAAAGAGAUUGAAAACAAUGCCAAAAAUCGCAAAAAGAAUCAAAAUAUUUUAAACCGAUCGGAUUCAACCGGAAGUAGCAGCGGUCGCAAAUUCCUCGCUCCAACGCUGUCUGAUCCGCAAGCGAAGAAUGAAAAGGACCGCUACGUUAACAAGAAGAAAUCCCAACGGCAGCAGACUGCUAAUAAUAAAACUAUUAGCCAAAUUAAUGAAUCCAAUCAUAGCCAUUCUUUGCAUCAACACUAUCAUCAUUUGACACAUGGCAACGAAUUGCAGCAAAGCAAUAGUAAUAAAUCUGGUCAUCCACAUAUAAGCAUGGUGUAUGAAGUACAUGACUGGUGGCAGGAGCAAGUAACAUGCACACACAGUGACGACGAAGACAUGUAGAAGUUUUUUUUUUCUUAAAUCAUUUUCCUAUUAGACCUUUUAGUAAGUUUUCACCGUUUUCCGGCAUCUACACUGUAAACAAUUUGUUUUUGUAGUGUACUCGACCUGAACACUUGCCAAAAAAGAAUAUAUUAGAUGAAAUAAAUCUAGAGCGAGAGCUAGCUAGAGCAAAGAGAAUUUCUUGAGUUGUACAAAACUAUGCCUGUGAAAAUAAGAAAACUUGAUCACCCAAAAUCUGGGAGAACUUUUGCAAUGUCCCAAUGUCGAAUCACAACACCCCUAUAAGAAGAUAUGAUGUUAGAGAGCUGAAAAUGUUACCUCUUAGUUCGUUACGUUAGUAUUUCAUGUGCGCCCCCAUUUUUGAAAACAUUUGGAAGUAGUGAUAUUUAUUGAUUUUGAUAAUAUACACAGCAUACGAAAUAAA